AUGGGACUUCAAUUGCAUCGAUGUGCGACACUUGGACCAAAGGGUCACAAUGUGAUCAUUGAGCAGGCGUACGGUGGACCAAAAAUCACCAAGGACAAGUUUGAGAACCUGGGCGCUCGCCUGAUUCAAGAUGUUGCCUCGAAAACAAAUGAAAUUGCUGGAGACGGCACGACAACCGCCACUGUUCUUGCGCGUGCCAUCUACUCAGAAGAUGUCAAGAACGUCGCAGCUGGAUGCAACCCCAUGGACCUGCGCCGUGGAUCCCAGGCUGCCGUCGACCGCGUCGUUUCUUUUCUCUCCGCACACGCCAAAACUAUCACAACAACCGCCGAAAUCGCACAAGUUGCCACUAUCUCUGCGAACGGUGAUGCCCACGUUGGAGGAUUGAUUGCUCAGGCGAUGGAAAAGGUCGGAAAGGAGGGUGUCAUCACUGUGAAGGAGGGAAAGAUGAUUGAGGACGAGAUUGAGAUCACGGAGGGUAUGCGCUUUGACUGUGGUUACAUUUCACCCUACUUCAUCACCAACACCAAGUCCCAACGCGUCGAGUUCGAGAAGCCCUUUAUCCUGCUUUCUGAGAAGAAGAUUUCCGCCCUACAGGAUAUCCUCCCUGCCCUCGAGGCCGCGGCGCAGGCCAGCCGCCCACUGAUCAUCAUUGCAGAGGACGUCGACGGCGAGGCUCUUGCUGCCUGCAUCCUCAACAAGCUCCGUGGUCAGCUCCAGGUGUGCGCUGUCAAGGCUCCUGGGUUCGGAGACAACCGCAAGAGCAUCCUCGGUGACCUUGCCAUUCUCACUGGCGGAACUGUGUUCACGGACGAGCUCGAUGUCAAGCUCGAGCGUGCGUCAGCGGAGAUGCUCGGUUCGACUGGAAGCGUCACUGUCACCAAGGACGACACGAUCAUUCUCAACGGUGAAGGUGCGAAGGAUCAGAUUGCUGCACGGUGCGAGCAGAUCCGUGCCUUGAUUGCGGACCCCACGACGGGCGACUUUGACCGCAGCAAGCUUCAAGAACGUCUCGCGAAGCUGAGCGGAGGUGUAGCUGUCAUCAAGGUGGGCGGUGCAUCCGAGGUCGAGGUCGGCGAGAAGAAGGACAGGUACGACGACGCGCUCAACACGACCCGCGCUGCUGUCGAGGAGGGUAUCCUCCCCGGAGGCGGUGUUGCGCUCCUCAAGGCGUCGUUGCAGCUCGCGACGGCGAGUGCGCAGGCUGCGAGCACGAGCAGCCCUGUGAGUGGAGAUGCCCAGCCUAUUCGUACGGCCAACUUUGAUCAGGAGUUGGGUGUGGGUAUUAUCAGGCGUGCGCUUACGCAGCCUACGCGCCCAACGGGCUACGGCAGCGCAGACAAGCUCUCCUGGGGCUACAACGCCGCCAAGGGCGAGUACGUCGACAUGGUGCGCGAGGGUAUCGUUGACCCCUUGAAAGUUGUGCGCACGGCGUUGGUGGAUGCGAGCGGCGUAGCCAGCUUGCUGUUCACGAGCGAGGCGUGCGUCGUCAAUUCUCCGAGGAGGAGAAGGCGGGUGCUGGGGGAGGGCGCGGGAGUGGCUGGUAGUGUAGGUGUUGGUGGAAAUGCAAACGGAAAUGGUGGUGCAGGAGGAAUCCUUCCGGACCCAAGCGCGAUGUUCGAUCCAUGGCAAGGCGCCGCAUCCAUAUCCACCUCCUCUCCCGCCGCUGGACCAUCAGGCCAAUGCCAACAACGGCCACACUCCCACCCAACACCCCACCACGCGCAUACACACCUGCACGCGCUCAACCACCGUCUUAGCUACGACCAUGCAUCUGGGGUCAUCAUGCUCCCCAACAACGGCGCGUGGCUCUCUGACCACUCGCACUCCUCAGACAAUGACGACAAUGAUAAUGAGGUAGACCACGGUGUUCAAGGCGCACGUGCAAAUGGGCUCGCGCUCUCGGAGUUGAUGAUCAGUGAAGGUGCUGAAAGUGAGGCAGUGGCAGCAGCAAUGGAGGCGGGCGAGGGUGUGCCGCUGGGUUUGGGUGGUGUUGGUGGUUCUUCAUCUACCUUUACGUCUGCGUCUGCAUCCGCUGGUGCUGCUGUAGGCACGGGUGCUGGAGUAGGUACAAGCGCGAGCACAAGUGGUGGAGGUGCAGCCGGCGCAGGUAUUGGAACAGGUGCAGCGGGACCCGGAGCAGUAAUGGGCAUGGCGGGUCUCGGACAGAGUAUUGGCCAGUGUCUGUCGCAAUAUGGGACGUACUUUCAUCAUCUGGAGAGGUGGCGAACGGGGUCAAGCGCUAAUGCUACUGCUGCUGCCAAUGCCAAUGCCGCUGCCGCCUCGAGUGCGGGUGGAGCAGAGGCAGAUGUGAUGAAGCCUGUGGAUGAGAGUGUGUUGCUCGGAGAGGAUGCGCUGGUCACGGAGGAGGUGCACAAGCAGCAUUCUCAUGCACAGCAGGGGUAUCAGCACCCCAUCCUCGGCGCACCGCACUGGUCUGUGGGCGGGAAGGAGAACGUGCACGCACACUAG